AUGAGUUCGACCACAGCCUCAACUGCCAGAAGUCAAGAGGUUGUCGAUUACGCUAUUGAGAACCAAUGUUUCCAUAAUCAUCAAGACGCCCCCUAUCGAUUUCGAGAUAUUGUCAGACAGCUACGAGAAACUGCGGAAUCGGCAAACGAGAAUGGGCUAAUUGACCAGGCUGGACUGACUGUAGCACCUUUACCUCGCACGAAGAUCGCAUUAGAGCCGUUUCUCGACGAUGAAAGCUACGAAAUUCCCAUAGACCCUAAGGUCCCUGCUUCUUCUGUAUUUAGAUUCCUAGGCCAAACAAAAAGCCUUCGACUCCCAUCGGAAAGUGUAGAUACAGGGUAUGAUCUACAAAAAGAACUGUCACAAUAUCUGCAAGAUAUCCAGAUUGCAAGUUCUUGCAACAUACUGACCCAAUGGCUUCCAUUGACCUAUGUCAGUGCUGAGAAAGAUGAAGGCCUUGGCUUUCCAUCCACCAUCUCGCGAUGGAAAACUUUAGCCUUGCGUGAAUUGGAGGGUGAUGAGCCUACAUUUACGGAAUCUGAUCACGCUUCGUUCCAUACACAACAGACCCCAAACCAGGCUUGCACGCCAGAACAAAUCAGGCAGAUAUUCUCUCUAGAAAAACCUUAUCGUUCAAAUGUAGAGCCGGUGUCUCCUCCGCUUUCUCCUGCCUCCGACUUGGACGAACCAUUUCUGCCAAGCACAGAACAUACGGUGAUCGAUCUGACCUCAGAACCGAGCAGUCCUUCCAAUCCUGCAGUUGAGGACUUAGAUUGGAAGAUGCGACAUGGCUUUGUGGACUCCGAGCCUCCUGCGCCUUCAACUAUGCCCAGCUCGCCUCCGACAGCUAAGGCGGCUUUCUUGUCUGAUCCGGCAAAGAAGCAUUCAGCUCUCAAGUUAGACGUGCCGAUGCUACCAUCUAGCACUGCCACCAGUCCAGUGCGGAAUAAUCUUGCAGAAACUUUGGCACCUCAUCUCCUGCACUCUGAAGAAGCACCCCAAUCUCCAGCUGAGGAUGGGGGGUAUUUUGAAGAAGCAUUACAGUCUAUAUUAGACGAGAAACACCGCCAGGCAAAUCAACGAUUGGAACAAGAACGAUUGAACCCAGAAGACACUUUAUUACGAUUGCGGGUACCAGCAGUCGAUUUUCAGACACCCGAUCCUGAAUGGAUGCUGCAUUUGUCAACUUCGCAAGAUCAUUUUGGAUGGCUACAACAAUCACUUCCCGGGACUUUUCAUCUAACCUCCUACAAGAACUUGAGUCGUCUCGAGGCAUCACUUAAAUGGACACCAAUUCCUCAUAAAAGUGGCCAAGUUUCAUUAACUGAGGCAGCAAUUCAGUUGGGACCUACUGCGAGAGAACUGCUUACCCUAAGGGCUCCCCAACUAUGCAGUCACAAUUAUGUGGUUUCUCGAAAUCUACUAAUGGUGCUCCAAAUCCUCAAUGAUGAAGAGAUUGAACAAGAAGCCGCCUCUGUUGUAGUGUCAUCCCCGUCAAUCUGUCACGGGAAUCAGGACAGCUCGACGGCUACUUUUCAAUCCCAGGAGCCUCAUGUUGCACCGUCUUUGAUGGAAUUGAUAGGUUCCCGAAGACAGGCCACGGGAAAUAGGUCUGCUUGCGAGAGAAAGAAUCUGUUGCUGGAGGCCACUGACCCAAGUGCGUCCAGCACCUUGUUGUCUGGUUUCAUGCAGCUUCGACAACCGAAAAGGCUGAAGAAAAGCAGCAGCUCCUCUCAGACUCUGGCAGCCUCAAGAGACAUGCCAUCCAUGGCUGGUCCUAUAAUGCUACCCAUUAUUCAAGAGGAGGCCCAGAGUGAGCUGCAAAGCGCUCCGGUUCCUCAUUUCGACAUUCCUCAGGAGACUUGUCGCUACAUAGUCUCAUUGGACUUGAAUCGCAGUACUCUCUCUUAUAUAGAGAAAGUCUGGCCACAAGCUGAGCUCAUCGACCGAGACUUCUCGCAGUACAACACAGUUGCUUGGUCUCCUGGAUCGGCUCAAAGAAGGGAAAUCAUUUCAUCAUUGGCGUUUGAGGCUGAUAUAUCCAUGAGCCCUGGUACCGGCCUUAUCUUGACGACGAUACUAAAAGUGAAACAGAAACCUCUUCCUGGUUCCAGUGCUCUCACACCGUUUCGUGAGAGAGUCAGACGAAAACAAAUCCACUAG